UUUAGACGUAUAAAAAAUGAUAUCGUCGAGUAACGAGCAUAUUCAGGUGUAUUUGCGAAUAAAGCCAUCAGUUCGUUUUGCCAAUGAUUGUAUUGAUUUAGUCGAAGAUUUAAAAUCGUUAAACAUUCAUGCUGAAAAAGAAAAACAAAAUGUUGGUUACAUCAAUAACCAGAUCUCAGACUGGCAUUUUCAGACUGAUGGUAUUUUGCAUAAUGCAUCACAAGAAGAGGUUUACAAAACAUGCACUAGUGGCAUAUUAAAGAAUGCACUUGAUGGAUACAACAAUACAUUGUUUGUGUAUGGUCAAACUGGUGCUGGAAAAACAUACACAAUUACAGGUACGACAAAUAAUUUCCAGAACAGAGGAAUUACUCCACGCCUUCUCUCUGAUUUGUAUGAAGAAAUCAACAAGCAGAAACAUGAGUAUGAUAUAACUGUGCGCAUCUCCUACUUGGAGAUAUACAAAGAAGAAAUGUUUGAUUUGCUAGCAACGUUACAUCCAGAACGUGCGUUGCAAGAGCUGGUUAUUGUAGAAGAUGAAGAAGGAGGCACUUAUGUCAAAGGUCUUGCUUGUCACAUUGCACAAACAGAAGAAGAUGCUUUAAACUUUCUCUUUGAGGGAGAAUCAAAUCGUAUUAUAAGUCAACACCAGCUCAACAAAGCAUCUUCACGAUCGCAUUGCAUCUUUACCAUAUACAUAGAAUCUCAUUCGAAAACAGACUCCGAAACAAAAUACACUACCUCCAAAAUUAACCUCGUUGAUUUGGCUGGCUCCGAGCGAUUAGGAAAAACGUUGUCAACAGGAGAAACACAGGCGGAGGCCAUGUAUAUUAACAAGUCUUUGACCUUCUUAGAACAGGCCAUUAUUGCAUUGGAAGAUAGAAGACGACAACACGUACCGUAUCGACAAAGUAAGUUAACACAUGUAUUGAAAGACACGAUUGGAGGGAGCUGCAACACUGUGAUGAUUGCAAAUAUUUGGGGAACCAAAACACAUAUAGAAGAAACGUUAUCUACAUUGCGUUUUGCAGCCCGAGUAAUGCAUGUACCAGUAUAUCCAGCUGUAAACAGUUUUUACAACCCCGUGCUUCUGUGUAAAGAAUACGAAAAAGAAAUUGGUGCACUUCGAAAAGAACUUGCUAUGUACGAUACACUAACGAAUCGCAAUCAGAUUAACUACGAACCUCUUUCUGAUAUUCAGAUUAAAGACAUCAGACAGCAAGUGAAGAGAUACAUUGAUGAUGAUAUUUCGGAGAUAGCAGUGCUCAAUUUGCGUCAAGUAAAGGAGGUUUUCACGCAGUUUAAAAAUAUCAUUGUAAACUUGCAAACUGAGAUUGAGGAGAAGUUAAGAGAAAAGUACGAUAUCUAUGAGAAAGUGGAUUCACCUGAAAAGGUUAGUGAGGUUACUCCGCCAACAGCAGAAAAAACCGGUUUAGUUGGCGAAUCAGACGGAAAUAGUUUUGGUGUGGGACGUGCGGGUAAUGGAGUGAAGCCCGCUGUGCCAUCAGCUGUCGCCAACACGAAGAAGAAAGGUAAAAGAACAAAAGACACUCCAGAACCGGAACGCAGAAUAAGCUCUCCACCUGUUCAAAAUACUCCUCCACAAAACGAACAAAAAAUCAGUGUUGAAGAUAUCCCGAGUGUUGUGUCUGUUGAUGCUGGAGAACGUGCUAGUACUCCGCCGUCGAAGCAAGAAGCUUUUGAAAUGUUUAAAUCGGAUUAUGGGAAAAAGUUAAGCACUAUUUUCCAGGAAAACAAAGACAUUUUACGCGAUAAAAAGAAUGAGGCGAAAACAAUAUCGGCAUGUAUUAACGAAACAAAGCUGAGUAUUGACGAAACGAAAAUUGCGCUUGAAGAGUUAACUGUAACCCGGGAGUACGGCGAGGAUAGAAAGGAUGAUGUUAUCUUGGAUGAAGAUGAAUUUCAUCUUAUUCAAAAACUAAAAGGUUUAAAAAGCACUUAUCGAAUGAACUACGAGCAUCUACAAAAUCUCCACUCUGAUAUAUUUUACUGUGAAAAGUUAGUUAAACAAUGCCGCCAACAGCUACUUGCAGAAUUUCAGGUGUGGUACGAAGCAAGCUUUGGUGUAAAAGAAGAAGCCGAUGUGUGUUUGAAUACAACAAAUUCAAAAAUGUUACCUGAUGCAGAAAAAGAAGCCAAUGAGAAGUCUGAAAAAAUCGCAACAAAAUAUACAUGUCCUGGCUCAAUGGCUUUUUACAACGCGCGAACUCAAACAAAUUUGCGGAAACUAGGCGCGAUAAGGAAACGCCCUGGCUCUGUUACGUCAACCUUGCGAAAUGCGCCUCCACCGAACAGCAUGAUUAUACAUUAAAUUAUUUUUGUACGAGAAAAUUAUUUUUAACAAAAUUUCUUAUAAAUUACGAAAA